AUGUUUUAUACUAUCAUUUAUUUUUUAAAUAUAUUCUUUAUAAUUGAUAUACAAAGUAGUUUUAUUCCAAAUCGAAUUGAUUCUAAUUCAUAUGGUAUUAAAAUAACAAUGAAUGAACAUUUUCUUGUAUUAGCUCAAAAUGAAAAUGAUCCUCCUACAUUUCUCAUCCAAUUUGCUCCUUAUAAUGAUACUCAAUCAUCACUUCAAUGUUCAACUACUCAUUCAAAUAUGACAAAUACUUUUAUUUACACAGUUAUUGUAGGAAAAAAACAACCGAAAAAUCAAAAACAUCUUUAUUUUACUGGUGAAUUAAUAAAUAAGUCAAGCGGAAUAUUUGUCGGUAUAGCAUUCUAUAAUAAUAACUCAAAUAUAACUUCUAAUACUAGUUUGACAUAUUAUUUUCAAUAUAUAUCUAAUUAUCAACAUCAAGAAUAUCUUAUACUUGGUAUUGAACCUUAUGGGCGAUAUAUUUAUGGAUUUUCAAAUGAAUUUAUUUAUAUAUUUGAUUCACGAAAUACAUCUAAACUUGAUAUAUGGAAUGGAAAUUUAACAUGGCCAGAUUCAACAUUUAUUCCUCAUGCUGUUGAUAUACAUGAAAAUUUUGGUGUUAUAUCAGGAUUUAUUUACAACGGUCAAAAUUCUAUUGUAAAAUAUAGUCCAAUAAUUUACUUAAUUAAUUUCAAUUCAACAAAUAAACAUCCAUUUAUUGUUCAUGAAUAUAAACCUAUAGCUACGCCUGGAACAUGGCAAGAUUUAUUAACAAAUAGUGAUGCUAAUUCUUAUUCAGCUAAAUAUGAUAUGUCUGUUAGUAUAAAUGAAUAUGGUGAAGUUCUUGUUGGAAUGCAAUUUAUAAAUCGAGUAUUUCUAUUUUCUGUUAAUAUAAUACAACCAAUAAAAUUAUAUUUUAUUAGUAGAAAUACAAAUGGUAGAGCAUUAGGUAAUGGAAAAAAUAUAGCUUGGUUAAAUAAUGGUACAGCUGCAAUAAUAGUAAAUGUUUAUACACUUGAAUAUGAAUGGUUAACAUCACAAAUAUAUAUAUAUGAUAUUCAAAGUAAUGGUUAUAAUUCAAAUAGUACACCACUAUCAGUUUUUCCUAAUAAUCAUCAAAAAUUACCAUUAACUAUCAGUCCAAUAUUUAUUAAUAUUGUUUCAUCAACAUUAGCAUUAGCAUUACUUGAUAAUAAUGGACGUAUAAUUAUAUUUUUUUCAACAUCACCAGGUUUUUAUUCAACUAUACAAGAUACAGGAACAAUGCCAUUAGUUACAAAAUCUCAAGCAUGUUUACCAGGAACAUAUAAAAAUCAAUCAGGAAUUCAUGAUUGUAGUCUUUGUCCAAGUGGUACAAAAAAUCCCGGUAAUUAUUCAACUUUAUGUAUUCCAUGUUCAUCAUAUACAUUCUGUCCACUUGCUUCUGUUACUGAAGUAUCUCUAGAAGCAUUACAAACUGUUAUUCAAGCAAUACCAUAUCCAAAAUCACCUGAAAGUGUUUCAUUCGAUGAAAUUCUUAUUCAAAAUAUGUUUAGUAUAAAAUCUGGUCGUUGUUUAUAUAUUUCACCUUUAUUUUGGACAUUAAUUGUAGCUGCUAUUAGUAUAACUAUUAUCAUUAUUAUGGGAAUUUUAAAAUAUUUUACUGAAAAUCCAAGAGGAAAAAAAUUACGAACAUUAUUAAAAUGUAUAUUUCGACAUACAGAUUUAAUUGGUGAAGGUGAAUUAUGGGUUGGUGGUUUAGCAUCUUUUUCAGUUAUUGCAUUAGUUAUAUUUGCUUGUAUAUUUAGUAAAGAUUAUUCUAAACAAUAUCCAAUAGAAACAUCAUCGGAUUCAUAUUUUGCUUGUGAUACAACAAUAAGAAAUGCAAAAUUUGAAACAAGUGUACAAUCUUUAGCUAUACCAUUAACAGAUGCUGAUCAAAAAAUGUUUGAUUUAUUAAAUAGUCAAGAAUUUAUUUUAAAUAUUGAAUUGAUUAAUACAGUCAUUAAAUGUAAUGCGAUAUCAAUUGAAGCUUUAUAUGGUAUACAAUGGUCAACAAUUCGUUGGUUAAAUUGUGAUAAUAUUAAUUCGACAUUAUUUUUAUCAAUACCUUUACCGUAUCAACAUAUAUCUAUACAAAUUUAUAUAGCUGAUAUACAAACAAUAGGAGCGUUACGUAUUGGUCUUUAUGGACAAGAAUAUCAUAAUGGAAAUUAUUAUUUAAAACAAUUAAAUUUUUAUCAAUCAUUUUAUAAAAAUGAUUUUAUUUUAGCAAGAAAUUUACCAGUAUCACUUUCAUUAACAAAAGUUGUUAAUGAAACAUUAGCAAUGGAUGGUGGCGAAGCACAUUUUAGUGGUAUUUAUGUUCCAACAUUUACAGUAGAUUAUAAUAGUUUAUUUUAUACAGCUGAUCAAUUUAUUCGUUCAACAUUAACAUUAACAACAUUAACAGUGAUUAUUACUGAAACUCCAUAUUAUGUUAAAAAUUUACAACAACCAAUAGCAAAACCAUCGGAAAUUGUAUUUCAAAAUCUUUUAUUUAUAACUGUAUGUUUAGAAUUAUUUGGUCUCCUAUUUUUAUCAUAUAAACUUCUUUUUAAACCAUUCUAUUUACAUAUUUUAAAGAAAAAUCACAAUGAAGAAAGAAGAAAAUAUCUGGAACCUAAACAAUUCAAUACUAACCAUAAUAUAUAUACAGACAAAAUUGAUAUUGUAUAUUUCUAA